UUGGCUCACGCCCAAGCAAGCCCUCCUGUGAUAAAAGGAAUAACGCGUGACAACCACCGAGAGAUUCUUUCCUCUACAACACGGUUUUUCAAUUGGGGAUCCUGGAUGACAAUGAACCCUUGAGUUACGCUGCGCCGGUCGAUCAGGGCCGAAAAUCAUGAGCUUCCCGCCUCCUUCAUCCGACUGCCCCGCUGUACAUGGUCGUCACCAAGCCAGGUUGCCUUCGCUGCCUUAAACUUUACCAAUUCCGCCUGCGCAGCUAGAACCAUACACAUCUUAACAUGGUCGAACACCACCCUGUCCACAAUAGCGAGGUUUAUCUAUUAGGAUUAGCCCCUCGCCCUUCGGUGCCACCACCGUCCCCGCCAUCGCCUCUGACACCCACAGAUGCUGGCUCCAGCACGCCUAUCGAGCAUCUCUGUCUAGAAGCAACCACAGGGCCAUCCGCAGAUGUUGUCGAAGAGGCAAGCUCGGUUGCGGGACGGCGUCUCGCGGGUGCUAUCCAUGUUCUGAACACCGAGGCGACAGCUCUUCGGAGCUUGACCCAGCUGUACAAGGUCGAUGCCACAGCAGCAGAAGGUUUCAAUGCAGCCGUGGACGCCAUCCUCCGACAGUGCCAUGAGAAGGGGAAGCUGGUCGUUACGGGGGUGGGUAAAUCCGGACUCAUCGGGAGGAAGAUCGUAGCGACGUUCAAUAGUCUGGGAUUACACUCGACAUUCCUGCAUCCGACAGAGGCACUACACGGGGAUUUGGGUAAGGUAGGUGCCCACGAUGUCAUUCUUUUCAUCACUUUCUCCGGAAAGACCUCAGAGCUGUUGACACUGCUCCCCCACGUCGACGCGAGCUUGCCCGUCAUCGUCCUCACCGCACACUCGCAACCCACCGAUUGCGAGCUCAUUCGUCACCGACCCGGCGCCAUCCUUCUGCCUGCAACGAUCCACGAGUCUGAGACCGUCUCCUUCGGCAUAUCGGCCCCGACGACUUCUACCACCGUUGCCCUCGCGGUCGGCGACGCCCUGGGCAUCGUCGUAUCGCAGGAGCUGCACGCGAGCGUGUCCUCCGUCUUCGCGCGCAAUCAUCCCGGCGGCGCUAUCGGAGCCGCAUUCAAAGGCGAGAGCAAGAAACCUGGAAGAAUGCGCGAUCUGGCUGUCCCCUUCGAACAAAUCACCUCUGUCUCUGGGGCCCCAACCGAGCGCUGUGGCGCCGACGUUCUGAAAGCAGGCUACGAGUCGCCGUCAGGAUGGGUCAGCGUCGGCGAAGCCCUCGCUUGUCCCGUGCGCAUCCGCCGUUUAAGCACCGAGCUUAUGAUGCAUGCAUUACCUGAAAUCCCGGACCUGCUCGUCCCGAGGAGCGAGUGGAUCAACAUCAGUGCCGACACGCGGAUUGCCCAAGCUGUGCGGUGGAUCCAGGAUCUUCUCGUGGCCCCUGAGCUCAGCGAGACUGCUUGCGGCGAGGACUCUAUACUCGCUGUUGUAGAUACUAGAGGUGAAGUCAUUGGCGUUCUGGAAGCUGGGGCAUUAUUACGGUGGUGCGAAUCAUGACCAUAAUCCCCAUAAUCAUCAUCAUCACUGGCACAUAUCUAUCUUGGAUUUGGAACGGUUCGGAAGAAAGGGAAGAGUUAUGCAUAGAUGGAAAUGGCGUCUGAUUAUUUUUGGGUUGGUCCACGGAUUGUCGGAGAACGAGAUUGAGUCUCGCGUGAAUGGCUGCAUGAAAUGAAUAUAUAUUUAUGU